AUGGACACUUAAGCAAAUGAAAGUGAAGACAUACACAGACUCAUCUACUUUAAAAAGGAAUAGUUCUAAAAUUAAGCGAGAAAAUAAUAUAGAGAUUAAAUAUUUUAGAAAAAAAGAGUUAAGAUGAUGGCUUAGGAACUUUUUACAAAAUAGGAGCAUUUUAUGAACUUCUAAGAAGAAAAAAAAAUUUAAUAUGAAAACAUUUAGGAAGAUUAAAUAAUUUGCAAUAACAUAAAGAAGUUGAAGUCUUAGGACUUAGAUUAAAUCAGAUAGGCACUUUAAUACUUCAAAAGCUAGGCUCUUAAAGCUGCAAAGUAAGAUGUUGAAUUAAACACGAUUAGAUUGAUGGUAGAUUCUAAUAUAAUUUAUGAACUCAUUGAUUUGUUUAACACUACAAAGGAUUUAUAAGGAAAAUAUCUCCUCCCUAAUGACAUUGCAGCAGAUGGACUCUAUGUUCUAGCAAUAAUAGCUUCAGGCGAUGAUUAAUUUACAAAUUCAAUUAUUAAUAAAAACGGAUUGACAAUAUUCAAAGAUUACACUUUCUAGAUAGAUAAUGACCCUUUGCUUUAGUCUUCUGCUUAUUUAGGUUUAGUUAAUUUAUGCAGCUUAGAUAGGAAAGAAGUUCGUAAACAUCUUAAAAGUAUUGGAGUUAUAGAGCAUCUAUAAACAAUAGUAGCGAACAACAUUAAUAGAUUAGGCUAAGAAGAUUAUAGACAGAUGAUUGAAAACGGAGUCUGGCUUGUGAGCGUUUUGUGCUUCGAUCCGCCUGAAACUGAAGCAGAAUUUAACUAGCUUUUUAACACUCUUCCACUAUUAAUAUCUUGCUUGAAUACAGGAAAUAUUAAAAUUAUCAAGGAUGUCAUUUGGAUUAUUGAUAUUUGUCUCACUCAAAUACCAUAGAAGAAAUCUACAACUAUUCAAGCAGACCCCUAAUUUAGUUAAAAGCUCAUUAGUCUUGGGCUUAGUGAAGCUUUCUAAAAAACUGUGAAAAUUGAAAACAAGAAGAUAGCAGCACAAACUUUUAGAGGACUUAACAAAUUAAUGAAAUUGAGCACACCAAAUUAAAUAGAAUAAAUAUAUAGUCCUGAAUAAAUAAAAUACAUAUUGCCAGUUUUGAAAAGCAAAUUAAUUCAUAAUCAAUACUAUGCUAUAAAUUACCUAAAUGAAGUUUGUUACUAGAGUAAAUUUAAAGAUUUUCUUCAAUAUGAUGACAUUUUAAAGCAACUUAUGCUCAUUAUUGAACAAAAAUAAUCUGAUAAGUUUACUCAGCUUAUCCUGCAGAGCAUAUUAAAAAUUCUUGAAUAAGGCGAUGAGUUUGAUAUAAAAAGGGUAUUUGAUACAGGGUUAUUAUCGGUAUUAGAAACAACUCUUGUAUACUCAGAAGAUGGAGAAAAAAGUGCUCCUUAGAAUAUUAUUCUUUCUCUUUAAAUUCUUCUUAUAGCUUAUUAGAUAGCCAUUUCAAAUCAGCAAUACCUAAUAAAACUAUAAAGAAUGUCACUUGAAAGGCUAUUAAACAGCCUACAAACUCACCCCUUAGAUAACAUCUAUCAAUUGAAUCUUUAAAUCCUUGAGAAAUACUAUGAAGAAGCUUGA